AUGGAUCAAAUUAUUGACGAUCAUCAGUAUCCUUCAAAUCUCCCACUGGAAAAAAUUUCUUCUCAUCUAAAUGUUUCUCUAAAGUUGCUAGAAACUGCUCAAAUACAAUGGAUGAAUGAGAAGGAGUCUCUACUUCGCGAGAUAGAAAGACUAAGAAUGGAAAAUAGGACACUGCGAAUGGAAGUUAGGAGUAGUGAGAACAUUGAAAGAAAUUCGGUUUCAAAUACUCCAAAUAUUGCAAGAAUGAAAGGCUAUUAUAUUGUAGACAAUGAUUCUGGCCAGAUCAUUUCUUUUCCUACAAACCCAGUACACCAAGUAGUAGAAAGAAGCUGCAGUAAUUCAAGUAAAAUUAAGAGAGCAAAAGAUAUACUUGAGAUUCCAAAUAUUGCUGACAGAAAAACAAGCAUUGCUACUGAUAGGAAUUCGGUAUCUGCAUCAAGAAGUAUUCUAAAUGAACAAAUAUCUCCCACUGCAAAUUCACAAAACUGUAGGGUAAGGCAUAUUCAGCUUGAAGACGAGAACAAUAACCACGAGCCGUUAGAAGAGAAGAAAAAAACUAUUAAAUAUAGAGAGGUUGGAAAAAACAUUGGUAAGAAAGAACAAAGAAAUAAUCUUCAAGCCUUUGAGUGCACUGAGUGUUCGAAGUUUUACAAAGCAAUUAAUAAUACUAGAGCUUCGAAAAGCCAAUCUAUGUGUAAGCACCUUAAACAAAGCCUUCUUCAGAAUUCAGGAAGGCAUAGGUUCAAUCAUCCUCCAAUUAAAUCCCCACCUGGGUAUUGGGAUUUGGAUGGAAUUUGA